CGAAUAAAAAUUGAAAUUCAAUCCCAAUCCCAAGUUAUAAUACGUGUAUUCGGUAAUACCAAAUAUAGACAAAUUCGGUACUGUAUUCGCUCUAUCCCAAAUAUCGGUACCAAACUUCCAGCCUUAGCCACCAACAGUGCCGCCCAUAAAGUGACGUGUAAAACAUUGAUUUUGUCUCUCAUAGAGCUAGAGUCUUUUGAUUUUCUUGAAUAGCUUCAAUAGAUUAUUGAUUGUACGGAGUAAUUGAGUAGCUUUGUUUAUAAAACUAUUGUUUUUUCUUAAUAUCACUCGAGAAAAAAAAAUCGACUUAGUCAAUGUACAACAAAAAUAGAUAUACAGAGUUGGAUUCCAUUUCAUAGUUCGGUGAUCAUUUUGUGAAAUGUUUAGAGUGUAGUGACCUCUUGCUGUUGGCUCUAUUGCUCGAAAAAGGAAAAGGAAUCGGGCGCUCAGUGCAAGAAUUUGAAUGAGCAAUCGCGAGAGUCCCAUCUGAGACUCCGACGCCAGAACAAAGCCACCGCCGCGCCCAGCCGGAGAAGGAACUAGGGUUGUGGCAGAUUCAACGCUCACUAAUUUCCUUCGCGAAUCUCUCCGGUCUACAUUCAUGGCGUCCGAUUCUCCCCAGACUCGGAUUAACCAGUUUUAUGCUUCAAAGAAGAGAAAACCCCCUUCACCAGCAUUGAAGACGCGGCGAGCUGAGAAAGGUGCCAGACUGACUGUAGAAGGAUCACCAUCAAAAGGAACUUUGUGCAGUUACUUGGUGGAUUCAAAGGAGCCAGACCCGGAAACUAAAGCUGUCCCCGAGGUUCAAUGUUCAUUGGCUGGAAAAGAAACAUCCGAGUGUUCAACUAAUGCUGGUAAAGUUGCAAUUGAAGGUACUUCGGAGGGUUGCUCGAUUUCUGGUGCUGGGGGAAACAACUCAGAACUUAAGCAGUUUGCAGCUGACUUUUUGUCUCUGUAUUGUAGCGAACUUCAGUCGACUGCAACUUCACCAUCGAAAACAAAUUUGAAUGAUAAUAAGAGAUGUUUAAGCCAAUUGUCAGAGGCUGGGAAGGAUAGAAUGCCCAAGAAGAGGCUCUACAUAAACGAUCAGUUGCAGUCAGGACAGCUUGCUGCUUGUUCUACUUUGAAGAAAGAAGAAGAAAAACAGACUGUUUUUACUCAUAAGAACAAAGCACAUGUUGCUGGUACCUCAGGAGAAGUUGCACCAUGUAAUGAUUACAUCCAGCUUCAGCCAAGCUUGGGCAAAUGUGAAAAUGAGUCCAAAGUGACUAUAAAUUUGACUGAUUGCAGCACGCCAGGGUCAUCCAACACAAAAUCACGUCUUAAUGGCACCCCUAAUUCGACACGUGGAAGUUCAAUGUUCUCCCCGGGGGAAGCAUUCUGGUGUGAAGCAAUCCAAAUUGCUGAUGGUAUACAUGCUGAAAAGGACAACGCUCUUACCCUAGUCCAUAUUAAUAACGGAAAUUGUGGAGACAAUACAACAGAAGCUGAUAGUAGAAUUAGGCUGAUGGGGAAUAGCAGUUUCGAGGAGUCAGUUGUGAAGCACCCCAUAAAAAAAUCAGCUAAAGAAGUGUCUCCACUGCCGGUGAAACAUCUUGACUUUAUGUUGGAUGACAAACCCUUGAACUUAGAUAUCCAAUCUGUCGGGACAGAUGGUUUAAAUGUUUUCAGAGAUGACAAAAAAUCCGCAUGCCUUUUGUCUGGUCUGAAACGCUGUCCAACCACAAACAUUUUAUCAGGUGCUGGUAAGGCUAGGACAUUUCAGGAGCCCGAUCGAAUAAAUCAGGAUACAGAUAUAUCACCAGCCAAUGAACUUAAAGUUUUAGUGUUUAAUAAUUCGUCCAGUGCAUCUGCAACUCCUUCAAGUUCAGCUCCGCACAAGGAUGGACUAGAGAUCAUGAACUGGCUUCCUUUAGAAGUAUGCUGCAUCUAUAGAAAGAGAGGAAUCACGAAACUUUAUCCUUGGCAGGUUGAAUGUCUUCAGGUUGAUGGUGUUCUACAGAGAAGGAAUCUUGUAUAUUGUGCAUCCACAAGUGCGGGGAAAAGUUUUGUUGCUGAGAUAUUAAUGCUGCGGCGGGUUUUAUCAAUGGGGAAAAUUGCUAUACUUGUUCUCCCUUAUGUGUCGAUAUGUGCGGAAAAGGCUGAACAUCUGGAAGGCCUUCUUGAACCUCUUGGUAAGCAUGUCCGGAGCUUUUAUGGUAACCAGGGCGGUGCAUCGCUACCUAAAGAUACUUCUGUAGCUGUUUGCACAAUAGAGAAGGCAAACUUUCUAAUCAAUAGACUGCUGGAAGAGGAUCGUCUGUCAGAAAUUGGAAUUAUUGUCAUAGAUGAGCUUCACAUGGUUGGAGAUCAAAGCAGGGGCUAUCUUCUCGAACUUAUGCUAACGAAGCUUCGGUAUGCUACGGGUGAGGGAAACUCAGAAUCCAGCAGCGGAGAAAGCUCAGGUACAAGUAGUAAGGGUGAUCCUAAUAAUGGUUUGCAGAUUGUGGGAAUGAGUGCAACAAUGCCAAAUGUUGGAGCUGUUGCUGAUUGGCUUCAGGCUGCCCUGUACCAGACAGAUUUUCGGCCUGUUCCACUUGAGGAAUACAUCAAAGUUGGUAACACCAUUUAUGACAAGAAAAUGAACAUUAUCAGAACCAUCCCAAAAACAGCAGAUCUUUGUGGUAAAGAUCCAGAUCACAUAGUGGCACUCUGUGAUGAGAUUGUUCAAGAAGGCAAUUCAGUGCUAAUUUUUUGCUCCAGUCGCAAAGGAUGUGAAUCAACUGCAAAACAUGUUGCAAAAUUCCUUAAAGGGUUCUCCGUUAAUGGUCAGAAUGAUAGUGAAUUCGUGGAUAUUUCCUCAGCUAUUGAUAUGUUGAGGAGGUGUCCUGUAGGAUUGGAUCCGGUAUUAGAAGAGACUCUUCCUUGUGGCGUUGCAUAUCAUCAUGCUGGUUUGACAGUUGAGGAAAGAGAAAUUGUUGAGACCUGUUAUCGUAGGGGCCUUGUGAAAGUCUUAACUGCCACAUCGACCUUGGCUGCUGGCGUCAACCUACCUGCUAGGAGGGUGAUUUUUCGUCAACCAAGGGUUGGGCGUGAUUUCAUUGAUGGGACUAGAUACAGACAGAUGUCUGGUCGGGCUGGUCGUACAGGAAUAGAUACUAAAGGGGAAAGUGUACUGAUUUGCAAACCAGAUGAGCUCAAGAGAAUCAUGGAACUUUUGAAUGAUAGCUGCCCACCCUUGCAAUCAUGCCUCUCCGAAGAUAAGAAUGGCAUGACACAUGCCAUUUUAGAAGUAGUGUCUGGUGGCAUUGUACAGUCUGCCAAUGACAUCCAUCGAUAUGUUAGAUGUACUCUUCUUAAUGCUACAAAACCUUUCAACGAUGUGGUGAAAUCAGCACAGGAUUCACUCCGAUGGUUAUGCCACGGGAAGUUUGUCGAAUGGAAUGAAGAUACGAAACUAUACAGCAGCACUCCCCUUGGACGUGCAGCUUUUGGCAGUUCUCUGUGCCCUGAAGAAUCACUUAUUGUUUUAGACGAUCUCUCUAGAGCAAGAGAAGCAUUUGUGCUAGCAUCUGAUCUGCAUUUAGUGUACUUAGUGACACCAAUAAAUGUUGAUGUUGAGCCAGACUGGGAAGUGUAUUAUGGAAGGUUCGUGGAACUAUCUGCUAUUGAUCAGUCUGUUGGAAACCGAGUUGGGGUCACAGAGCCAUUUUUGAUGCGCAUGGCUCAUGGGGCACCCAUGCGGCAUUCGAAAAGGGCAACAGUCAAUUCAGCAGCAAUGCGAGGGAAACUUGAGAAACAUGCUAGCCUUUUAAGCAACAAUAGCCUUUCUGAUGAGCAAGCCCUUAGAGUGUGCAAACGGUUCUAUGUUGCUCUCAUCCUGUCAAGAUUAGUACAGGAAUCGCCUGUAGGGGAGGUUUGUGAAGCUUUCAAGGUAGCUCGAGGUAUGGUCCAAGCCUUACAAGAGAAUUCUGGAAGAUUUGCAUCUAUGGUAACUUUAUUUUGCGAAAGACUUGGAUGGCAUGAUCUGGAGGGCCUAGUUUCCAAGUUUCAAAAUCGUGUUUCUUUUGGAGUGAGAGCUGAAAUUGUGGAACUUACUACUAUUCCUCAUGUUAAGGGUUCCCGGGCAAGAGCACUCUAUAAAGCUGGGCUACGUACACCUCUUGCUAUUGCUGAGGCUUCCAUUCCUGAUAUUCUCAAAGCUAUGUUUGAGGCUUCGUCAUGGUCGACCGCACAAGAAAGUUCAGCACAAAGACGUAUUCAGCUAGGAGUUGCCAAGAAAAUAAAAAAUGGUGCCAGGAAAAUUGUGCUUGAAAAAGCUGAGGAGGCAAGGAUUGCAGCUUUCUCAGCUUUCCAGUCAUUGGGAUUGAGUGUUCCUCAGCUUUCUCGACCUUUGCUAUCAAAUGAUGCCCAAAAUCCUGUGGAGCAAGGAGAUAUAAGGGCUGAGAAAACUGAUGUUUCUUUUCAUGCAGAAGAGAGCAAACCUCCUUCACCUAAGACCUCUGUUAAAGUUGUUUCAGUAGGGGAAGACGUGACAGCAAAAACACUGGAUUUCGGUCCAGUGGCCCAGGGAGGAGUAAACUUAACUAGCUCACUGCAUUCUAAGGAUAUGGUAGAUCCCAUCCUACCAAUCAGAAGCUCAAUCCUCAAACCCACAGCUGAUGGUAGUAGUGGCCAUAAUGGAAUUGCUGAUGCAAUUGUUUCUGUACAAUCAGGAGAAAAUGGCAACCUAAUGCAAGGGCAUACGCACAUGGUGUGCGGAUUAGAAGAACAAUAUGAUCAAAGACGUAGCGAUAACAAAGAGAAAGUGGGUGCUAAGGGCCCUAUUACUGCUAGUAGUAUUUCUGGUGGAUUUGAUUCUUUCUUGAAUCUCUGGGAUGCAGCUACAGAAUUCUAUUUUGAUAUCCACUACAGCAAACAGGCAAGUCUAAAUUCUGAUGCCACUUUUGACGUACAUGGUAUUGCUGUCUGCUGGGAAAACUCUCCAGUGUACUAUAUCAAACUUCCUAGGGAUCUAUUGCAGUCUGAUGAUAAGGGAAAUGGUGGCUCAAAAGUGGGCACAUUCAGUGAUACGGAUAAUGUUCUGCCAACCGAGAACUGGUUGGAAAGAGUUCAACAACGAUGGAACAAAAUUGGUGAAAUCAUGAAGAAAAAGAAUGUCAGGAAAUUUACAUGGAAUUUAAAGGUCCAGAUUCAGGUGCUCAAGAAUGCUUCAGUUUCUGGUAAUAGGCUUGGCCAUUUCAGUACUGGUCAACAAGAUUUGGGCCUUCAUCUGGACAGCUCAAACAUAUUGCUUUCUCCUACUAAUAUUAAAGAGGGAGUUGACUUGUCUAUUGUGGCAUGGAUCCUUUGGCCUGAUGAAGAGAGAAACUCGAAUCCAAGUUUGGAAAAGGAAGUAAAGAAACGAUUGUCCAGUGAGGCCAUUGCUGCUGCUAGUUGGAUUGGCAGGUGGAAGAACCAAAUGCGAAAAGUUGCAUACAAUGGCUGCUGCCGCCGUGUGGCACAAAUGCGUGCCUUAUGUGCUGUUCUUUGGAAACUGCUCAUAGCUGAAGGACUUGUUCGACCACUGGAUGAUAUCGAGAUCCCAUUGGUGAACGUCUUAGCAGAAAUGGAGACGUGGGGAAUAGGUGUUGACAUAGAGGGUUGCCUUCAAGCUCGUACUCUGCUUGGGAAAAAGAUAAGGCUUCUUGAGAAGGAGGCUUAUCAACUUGCUGGAGUUCAUUUUUCACUAAGCACUCCAGCAGAAAUCGCACAUGUUCUGUAUUCACGUCUGAAACUGCCAUUACCUGAAAGACUCAAGAAGGGGAAGCAGCAUAUAAGCACUGACAAGCACUGCUUAGAUUGGUUAAGACAUGAACAUCCCAUAAUACCAGUCAUAAAAGAGCACCGGACCUUGACCAAAUUGCUGAACUCUACACUGGGUUCAAUAUGCUCACAGGGUAAGCUCUCUCUGAAGUCACAGAAAUACACCAUUCAUGGCCACUGGCUUCAAACUUCUACAGCCACGGGAAGGCUUUCAAUGGAAGAGCCCAAUCUUCAGUGUGUUGAGCAUAUGGUCGACUUCAAUAUGAGGACUGAUGAGAGUGGGCAUGACAUUGAUAUUAAGCAUCACAAAAUAAAUGCUCGCAAUUUCUUUAUUCCUACUCAGGAGAAUUGGUUACUUCUAACAGCAGAUUACUCACAAAUAGAGCUCCGGCUGAUGGCACACUUUUCAACUGACACUUCAUUGAUUGAACUCCUUAGCAAACCUCAUGGUGAUGUUUUCACAAUGAUAGCUGCCAAGUGGACUGGGAAGUCAGAAGACUCUGUUGGCUCAGAUGAGCGAGAUCAGACAAAAAGGUUGGUCUAUGGAAUUCUUUAUGGUAUGGGUGCUAACAGUCUUGCCGAGCAACUGGAUUGCAGCCAAGAUGAAGCUGCUGAAAAGAUUAGAAGCUUCAAACACACUUUUCCAGGGGUUGCAUCUUGGCUCAAGGAAGCAGUUUCCGCUUGCCGCCAGAAGGGAUAUGUGGAAACUCUUAAGGGAAGAAAGCGCUUCUUGUCCAAAAUUAAGUUUGGCAACAGUGAAGAAAAAGCUAAGGCUCAGAGACAAGCAGUUAACUCUAUUUGUCAGGGCUCAGCGGCUGACAUUAUCAAAAUAGCAAUGAUUACUCUAUACUCGGUAAUUGCUGAAGGAACUGAUGGAGGAGAUUCGGGUUCUCCCCUUGUUAGUGAGUUCCAUAUGCUGAAGGGACGAUGCCGAAUUCUUUUGCAGGUACAUGACGAAUUAGUGCUGGAAGCUGAUCCCUCUGUGAUAAAAGAAGCGGCAUCGUUGCUCCAAAUUAGCAUGGAAAGAGCAGUUUUUCUUCGUGUUCCGCUGCAGGUCAAACUGAAAGUUGGACCAACAUGGGGUUCAUUGGAGCCGUUUCAGGCUGAGAAUUAUGCACUUAGUGUUGAAGAUCCCGGUUCUUGAUGAACAAUUGCUUUUUCUUUGCUUGCAAUUAAAACAAUACUGAUGAUAAUCAAGACUGAAUCGAAGUCAACUGCAGCAGUGUGUAGUUUUAUAUACAUGUAGGUGAUUGAUCCCCUUCUGAUUGCUUACAAAUUGUAUAUCGCAACCUUUCUCUUGGAACUUUAUGAUAUUGAUCUUCUGAUGAUGAUAACUGGUCUGUCGUGUACUUAUUUCAGCAGAGAUCAAACUCUAAUGACGUACUAAUUAUGGUCUGAUUAUAUCAAAUUCCCCUUGCAGAUCGUUCACUGUGGAAUUAAUAACUACAUUGGCUGUUGAGUGUAGGAGAAGCUUUCACAAAAAUUCAGGUUAACAUUAGUUGAUUGAUUGAUAACCUUGUCAGGUAUGCUCUCUUGCAUCCUUUUGUGUCUUGUUAUCCUUUUUUUUUUUUUUUUUGGGUUUGGAUAUACAAAUUCUUGCUACAGUUGUGACUUUCCCAAUUCCUGCUGUUUGAUCCUUGCGUACACAAAUGGGUUAGCGCAACCCUGAAACCAGAAUUUAUUCUUAUAAUUAGACCCAUUAACGUGUUUGAUCUAAGACUCCCUCAUUACUCUUGGAUAUCCUACUGGUACUUUAGUUUUACUGUAACUCCCCAUGCAAGUUAAACAAAUAAGGCUGGUUGUUUUAU